AUGGUGGAGUCGUCGGAAGAACGUGGGCAGGGCACUGGGUCUCUCCUUCCUGAGGUGAACAGCGAAGCGGCGAGGAAGGGAUUCAAUUCUACUAGAACCCACGAGACCGGCGAGGGAUUCGAUGGCGGCUGCGGCUGCAGCUGCGCCUGCGAGAACGAGGUGAUUGCGCGGCUGAGUCGAAGACGAAGAGUCGAAGACGAAGAGUCGAAGACGAAGUGA